AUGCCGGACAACUUGGUGGAAGGCUACUGGGGCUACUACUCCCCGGGCAUCUGCCCAUCGGGAUACGUCAUCUCGGCCAUACACACAACCACAGUGCCGAGCUACUACGAAGCCCCGCUCAAACCUUCCGAGACGCUCGCCUUUUGUGUGCCUAGUUCCUGGACCCUCGCCAAACACACGAAGUCCGGCUACGUACGCUCCGCCUUCGUCUUCACGGGGACGGGCAUCGCCUCGGCACCGGCUUUCCCGAUUCGCUGGGCUGAAAGCGAUCUCUCGCGGUUGGAGACGCACCCACUCUCCGCUACGCUUACAAACACCGAUCCGGGCCUGCAAUUAACGACGAGGACGUCCUUUGCAGGAUCAACGCAGCCGACAGACAAUGCUGAACAAGUGGGUGAUGCCAGUCAAGUGGGCGGUAGCGGCCAGCAAGGACUCCCAGGGGGAGCCAUUGCGGGAAUCGUGGUUGGCAUCAUACUUGCACUCUUCGUCGGUGUUGCGAUUGGUUUGUUUAUCCGGAGGAGAUCGCGCCGCCUAGCGAAAAGAACCCCCGAGGCCACUCCAAGCGACGAGCAUCCACAUCCUCCCUACGGCGCAUCAGAGCUGCCCGAACAGUUCAUCGGAACGAGGCACGAGCUGGAGCAGGGGCAGCCUGUUACGGUAUUUGAGCUGCAUACUCCUGCCAAAGACUCGAUGAUGAAGAGCGUGGUUCUCGGCGGGGAUGUGCGUGACCAGAAUGAUGGACUCGAUGGAGCGCCCACGAUCAUUACCACGGCUACCGCACAAGUUACAGAAACUGCUCAGACCCCUGAACCUGAAGUCAAUGUACAGCAAAAGAGUGAAAACCUCAAGGAACGGCAGCGUAAAUUGCAAGAGCGAAGACAACGACUGUUGGAGCUAGAAAGGAUUGAACAAGAGGAAGAAGAAAUCAGGAAGAAACUAUCUCAGGUGCGGAAUUGA